GCAUUAGACAACUGCACACAAGGAAACCUCAAAAUGGAAAGACAUCUCCUCUUAGCAGUGGCUCUGAUCGGCCUUGUAGGUCUUGCUAGCAGUACUCCUGUCCAGUUUGAUGAUAUGAUUAAGGUGACUACGGUUAUAUAUGGCCUGGCAAACUUCUCCGAUUACGGCUGUCACUGCGGCGUUAACAACCAAGGAAUGCCCGUCGAUGCCAUUGACUGGUGUUGCCACAGCCAGGAUUGCUGUUACAAUAAGGCUGAGAUUAGUGGAUGCAAUCCAGUAACACAGACCUACCGUUUCUAUGUAGAAGAGGAAAAGAAAGUUAAAUGCAUGAAAGCCCAUAAUCGGUGCGAGAAGAUGAUUUGUGAAUGCGAUGAGAAGGCCGCAAACUGUUUCAGGAAGGAGCUAGAAGAUUACAAUAUCUACUUUCGAAAUUUCUCUUCCCUUGGGGCUUGUAGAGGGCCCAGACCCUUCUGUUAGUCGCCCUGUUUCCUUUCCAGACACCUUACAAGUCGCGCAUCGCUUGGUAGUUUCAGUUCUUAGUGUGCUAGUGUGGAUUGGAGCAGAAUUUUAAAUUUGAAACAUUUUGUUAAGUGGGGUCUUAAAAUGGGAAAAAAACUCUUGUAUUUAUAUAUUGCUUCCAAUUAAACCAACACUAAUGUAUUUUUACAGACUGUACAACCCUGGCUUCAAGAUGUCAUUAAAGGGAACGUAUCAUUUAAA